GAGUGCGGACGCGUUAUACCAAGCGCUCCUCGACUGACCAGUAUUUUAUACCCCCGUGAACAGUGCAGUGCACAAUUACCUGUGUCCAAACAGUGCAGUGCUGGAAAGUGUUGUUCGUGUUUGAUGUUUCAGGAGUUUUGUGCUGUGGUGUACGCUACGUUAAGUGUUGUGGCCCAAGGUUGUAGCCUGUUUUAUGAGUGCAGAUAGUGGAAGUUUCUAAGAAGUGUUUAAAUACAUUAGGCUGGUGGACUCUCAUAAGACAUUUUUGUUCAAAAUUGAAGUGGUAUUGUGGUGCAGCGGACAUUGAGUGGCACUUGAAAAAUUGUGACAGUGACGUUUUUCAAGUGCCAGUGCUGAGAGGGCCGACGAUAUGUCGGACCCUCCUCUUGCCGCGAGGGCUCAUCUCCCUCCCGACACGAGUUCCCGGGCUAGGACAUACCCGGAUUGGUUUAAGGGCGAGAAAGGAGAGCUAAUGUAUCUGAUUCUGACAACCGAAGAAGGAAAGCCGCUACCAGACCAGUUCAUCGAAGGAAAAGUCUACAACAACAUGUUUGACGACUGGUAGAAGGUAACCUGAUUAAUAAUAAUUCCAAAUACUUUUUGAAAUCUCGAUCAUUGUCCCACUACACAAAGUUACAAUCACUUACUAAACUCAUCAAUGGAACACCAAUCACCAUCACACCCCACACUACUCUUAAUACCGUCCAAUGCGUAAUUUUCUGUACCGACCUUAAACAUAUGAAGGAUGAAGUUAGUUCUAGCAAAUUUAAAAGACCAACAAGUUACUGAAGUGCGUCGUUUUACUCGUAAAGUCAAAAGUGAAAUAAUACCUACCAAUUCUUUCCUCCUCCGUAUUGCGGCAACACGUGUCCCCUCUGUUAUCCGCCUUGGCCCACUCCAAGUGACUCCCCGUACAUAUUAUCCUAAACCCAUGCUUUGUCUUAAUUGUGCUCAUUAUGGUCAUACCAAGCUGAGAUGCAAAACCUCACAAGUUUGCCACAAUUGUGGUAUUCCUGCCCAUGGUGAAUGCACUGUUCCACUGAAAUGUGUGAAUUGCAAAGGCAACAACAAUUCUUUUGACAAAUCCUACCCAUUUUAUCUAAAGGAACAGGAAGUCAUUAAAUAUAAAAUUGAUUACAACGUGUCUUUUUUGAAGCACGAAAAUAUAUAGAUUCACAACUACAUAAACAGAGCGCAGUUCAACACAGUAAGCCUCUGUGUGAGCAGUUCAACAAAGUGAGCUCGCUCAAGUUGUGUCGCCCAAUCCACAAACUAACGUUGCCCCUUCCACUAAACCCGAUUCUAGAAACGAACAAAUUGUCCAUCUUAAAAAACUAAAUGAAGAACUUUUGAAAAAACUUACUCCACCUGUUGCCACCCUUGACUUAUUGUUGACUAUAAUUAUUGCCCAACUUGAGCAAGAAAAUGCUAAUCUAAAUAAGAAAAUUGAUCUACUAACAGAAACUAUCAAAAACGUGCAAAUCAAACAAACCAGAUUUAUUAACACUUUUAACCAAAACAUAACCACUGAUGAAAUUGAAACAAUGGACCGAUCCGAAGAGUCUGACACUUCUUGCUCCUCGUCCCUUCUGGACGGAAGCAAAGCGUCCUUUUGAAAGGCGCUUAAAAAACGAGCCCUCUCAAAGGGCUCCUCUUCCUCCUUGGAAGAAACCUCCCUCCCUUCCAAAAAGCCCUUUUACAAAUCCUCCCAUCCCCCUUCUCCCAUCCCCCUUCUCCUAUCCCUAUCCCUUCCUCUUCCAAUCCCCUCAACUACCAGGGAGAGGAACCCCUUUUCUCACCCGAUAAUGCCCCAUUCAUCGAGGUGAAGAGGUCAGAGAGGAGGAAAGAUUCUUUAACACAAUGACCACAUACACCACAUCUUCUGUUGUAUCAACUCCAAACAUUCAUUCUACAUAUGACCAUCCUCCGUUAAAUAAAAGUACACCUUUGUUUGCCAUGUCCCGAAAUACCAGGGACAUGAGCCGUAAUUCUGAUGAACUAAACAUUCUAAUUACCCGCCACAACCAAACAAUAAUCGCUUAAAAAGAAAUAAUGACCAUACCAAACCUAAACAGUUCUCCAUUCAACAAUUAUACCUGGCAUUUUUUUCCAAACACCAAGGCUGACUGGGAAAUAUACAAAAUAGAAAUAACAUACACACUAUCCUUAGAUGAUCCUCCUUCCCUUACACGUUUUACAGAGACAAUAACAAAUGCAGCCUUAACUAUUAUUCCUCUUACAAAGGGUACAGUUGGCAGAAAGUUCGUCCCCUGGUGGAAUAAAACAGUUGCCCUUAAGACUAAUUAAGACUCGACGAAAAGCACUCAAGAGUCUCCAACGUUCGAAAAAAAAACAAUAUUUGUACCCCGCUCUUGACCGAUCAAUAUCGAGAACCCAAUCGGGAAUCAAUAUAAGCCGUCAAAUUUAAAAAAAAACUAUCUUGAGGCAAUUUUUUUUCUAAUUAACCCUAAGACAAUCACCCAAGUAAUAUUCCAGAAAGUUACAAUUUUAUCCGGUAAAAACCACAAAUCAACUCCAUUCAUUUUAAGAAUACAUCAUAAAUCUGCAACACAUAAUUUUCCAGCUUAAGCCAUAAAUUCAUCUCUGAGUCCAGACCCCUUCCACCCAUUGACGCUUCCGACUAAAAUUACAAUAGUCUUUUUUCUCUUAAUGAGCUUGAUUGGGCUCUUAAUAAAUGCCGUGGCAUGUCAUCAGGCCCGGACAACAUUGGUUAUCCAAUGCUUCAAAAUCUCCCUUAUCGGUCUAAAACAGUCCUCCUUCAGAUUUACAAUAAUGGGGCCCUUUCCGUUUGAAGCUCGUAGGCUGAAAUUUCAGCCUGUCAGCUGUUUGCACUGUGUAGCAGUUUUCGAGCAACUAUCUAAGUGAGUAGAAUAUACAGGUGGGUUUAUCCCAAGGUGUAUCAAUUUAGAAGACUGAUUUUUAUCGCUUCUGCUUCUUAAUGAAGAUUUUAAGAGUGUUUUGAGUAUUCGUCAAGCCUCUAGAAAGCUCAUUGGAGCAAAAGUUUUCAAUCGUUGCGUCAAAAAGUGAUAUUCAAAUUUGGUUAUAAAAAAAAUGCUAUGAGACCACCUGGACUACAUACACUUUGAUUCCAGAUUCGAUCACCUGAUUUCUUUAAUGCACCAUGGGAAAACCUUGGGGUAAACAAACCCGUGUUUUCGAGCAGGUACUCGAAUCUAAUUCUAGUUUUGUGGCUAGAAUAAUCUAGACUGAAAAUUGCAGGCUAGUUUUUUGUGUGGUUUUGUAUGGAGUGUUUACAUGAUUUCAGCCUCCAACUGUCAAACUCCAAACAAAAAACUAACUAGAAUCGUGAAGGCCCCCAAUAUUUGGUCUUCCGGGAACAUACCUGAUGACUUGAAAACCUGUUUCACAAUUCCCAUUCCAAAACCCAAUAAACCACCACAUGCAAUAGAUAGCUACCGCCCCAUUUCUCUCCUGAAUUCUUCUUCUUCUUCUUUUUGGCACAACAACCGCUGACGGUCCAGGCCUGCCUGUACCCACUAGUGAACUGGGCUUGGCUUUCAGUGACUUAUUGUUACCAUAGCAGGAUAGUCAGUCCUACGUAUGGGAGCACGGUCUAUUGACCCAUGACGGGCAUGUUGUUAAGUCGUUCGAGUUGACGAUUUUACCACCAGACCGGCCCCUCCUGACCAAAACCUCUUUAGUACCAAUCAACACGCCUUUAGAGGUGGGAAAGGUACUGAUACAUAUUUUGACGAACUCAAUGAACUGUUAGAAACCCAUUACUCAAAAGGCCACCACAUUGACUGUGCAAUAUUAGAUUUAUCAAAAGCUUUUGAUAGAACCUCGCGACACACAAUUCUUGAACAGUUUAAUAUGUAGGGUUUUGGAGGACGCAUUCCAGCGAACCUUCAAAGCUUCCUUUCAAAUCGCACAUUUAAAGUUUUAAUUGGAAUUCAAUCUUCUGACCUGCAUGUCAAAGAGAAUGGUGUUCCCCAGGAUGCCAUUCUCUCUCCCACUCUUUUCUUGAUUAGUGUAGAAUCCUUCUUCCGCCCCUUGCCCAGUAUCAUUAAAUGUUUCAUGUACGCUGAUGAUAUAGUUCUUGUCUCAGCAUCCAACAAAAAAACUGAAUCACGCACAUCAUUACAAGAACGAAUCAAUAUAGUUCAGAAACGGUCACGUUGGACAGGUUACACAAUUUCACACUCCAAAUCCAAAAUACUUCACAUCUGCAAUAGAAAAUAUCAUACUCUAAAACCCAUAACAUACAAUAACUCAGUAAUACCAAAUACAUGCCCAGCCGAUAUCCUAGGAGUGACAGAGUCUCUAAUUAAUUUUGAUUAAAACGCUUUGGAUGGUUGGCUUAGGGACAAAAAACAGAAACGUUAAGAAGACUAGUUAGAUGGUAAUGAUUGCUGGUGUAUUACACAGACCCCCAUUCAUCGUGAUAAAUACGGAAUAAAUCGAAAGAGCCCGUUAGGUUAAAUAUCUGGGGGCUAUUUUAGACGACAGAUUGAAGUUCAACACUCACAUAGACUGGGUCAUCGCUAAAGUAGCAUUAAAGUGUGGGGUUAUUAGUAAGCUGGCAAAACAUUUUUUUGGGAUAGUUUACCUCUACAAGUCACCGAUUUCAUCACAUUUUGAUUUUUGCUCGUCGAUUCUAUUUCUUGGCCAUAAAGGACAAAUUAAAAGGCUUCAGAGAUUGCAAAAUCGUUUUAUGUGGUUGGCUUUGGGGUGUGAUCGACGCACGAUGUCUGUUGUUAUGCAAGAUAUUCUUCAAUGGAUGUCUGUUGAGCAGAGCAGCAGUGUAUCAAACCAUGAACUUCAUAUUUGAACUUUGGGGGUGCCUUUUGCCAGGGUAUAUAGGGGAACGCAUUGUUCGAGGAUCUAAUGUUCAUCAGCACUGUACACGCAGAGCAAAUAAGCCGAGGGUUCCCAACUUCAUUUGACAUGGCGCUAGGAACUCUUUGUUUUUCAAGGGGAUUCAAUUGUACAACAGAUUAUCCGGAGAAAUCAAGAAUGCGAGUAACUUGCCAGACUUUAAACGUAAGUGUGCGGCAUAUGUUAAAUGUUCGCGCCCAAACGGUUCGCUCCGACAGUGAACCAGUUGCAGCGCAUGUGAAACACGCAACAGAAGAAAGAGAGAGAAGUUUUAGAACUCUUCACGUUAACGGUUUUUUCAUUAUUCUCGUGCGCGAUCGAAUUUAUUCCCUCACACCCACACAUAUGAAUUCUUGCGAUUCUCUCCCAUACGCGAACGGUUAAAAGCGCGAGCCAGCGCUGAGAGAGUUGUUGUUGGUUUAGAACUUUCGAAGCAGACAGACGUGCAAACGGAAAAUAAACACAACCAGUCCUGUUUUGGUACUCCGAGUGUAUCAAUUCCUCGUGUUAGGCAGAAAGAAAAUCGGUCUUCCUCCAGGCUGAAGCUAGUGCGCUUCAGCUCUUUUUUCAUCGGUUGUUCUCCGCGAGGUGGAGGCCUUACAACCCUCCACUGUUUUCUGCCUUUCCCACGUUGGGGCAGCGCAGUCCCCAACAUUUUGGUCCAAUCGAACCGCAUCAUUGUGAUACCGGCUUACAGUCCCCGGCGUCAAGGCGUUCCACUGGAAAACAGGGAGACCAGUGGAAGCGACCAUCUUGUCCCAUUCUGGUCAACCAGGCGAUCAGCAAGGUGGAACCACCGAUCGCGCAAAUCGGUACAAUCGACCGUCGGUCGAACCCAACGCGUGUCCGUGUUUCGCGUGUGUGUGUGCGCGGAGCAAUCCCCACGAGAGGAACGCGUCAAAUGUUUCGUGGUCAGUGCGGAACAUUCCCGAAAAAACCGUGCCACUGUUUCAUGAAGUGACAAAGCUUCAGUUCAGAAGCAAUUCCUUCUAAAGUGCAGGUGCCUAGUUUGUGUGUGUGUGUGUGUUCAUGCACAAAACAAGUUAUUCUCAAGCGCGCGAGACUUGAGCUUCGUGUGUGUGCGCACGCGCGAGGUAAAGUUCGCGAAUUCGUGCUUGUGCGUCCAAACGCAAAGCAAUUCCUUCAAGACGUGCCCGUGCUUCGGGUGUCUGUGUGCAAAAAACGGUCCCUACCUGAGGGACGCGUCCUAGUGUUUCGUGUGAGAGUGUGUGCGCGAAACAUUUCCGUUCUAAGCAAACGCGACUUUCUUCGUGUGUGCGAACGCGAAAAGAAGUACGCUUAUCCGUGUUUCGUGUGAAAGCCAGUGCAAACUAGGCAAAAACAUUUCUUUCCAAGGUGCGUGUAGUUUUGUUUGUGUGUGCGAACCCAAAGAAAAAUACGCGCAUCCAAAUUCGUGUGAAAUUUGUUCGCAAAACAUUUUUCUAAAGCGCGUAGCUCUUUCGUGUGUCUGAUCGCGAUAAGUGCGCGUUCCGUUGUUUGUGCAUGUGUGUGUGCGCAAGACAGUUUCAUCCAAGCAGUGCAUGUGCCUGAACUCCGCGCAUCCGAGCGCGAGAAUUAUUCCUCUGUCUGGCGCGUGGCUUUUGUCUCGUGUGCGUUUGUGUGUGUGCGCGAGAAGUAGCGCGCGUAGCGAAGUCGUGCGUCCGAGCGCGAAAAACAAUUCCUCAGUCUGGCGCGUGGCUUUUGUCUCGUGUGCGUUUGUGUGUGUGCGCGAGAAGAAGCGCGCGUAGCGAAGUCGUGCGUCCGAGCGCGAUAACAAUUCCCCUGCCUGGCGCGUUGCCUUUGUCUCGUGUAUGUGUGUGUAAACGCGUCGCGAGAAGUGCGCGCAGUAGUGUUUCGUUCGUGUGUGUUCGAGACAUUUCCACAAAGGCGCGAGUUCCUCGUAUUUUGCGUAUGAUCCCAGACUCGUGCGCACGCUGUUUUUCAUGCUUUGUGAGUGUGUGUAAGCGUUAGCGUGGCUUAAACAACGCUACCUAAGUGCUUUGAAUCCAAUUUCUGUUGAAUUUCGCAAGCCCGCUGUCGGCAGAAACAAGCGUAAGCGUGGCUUAAACAACGCUUAAGAGUCAAGUGAUUCCUUGAACUUUUCCGUUAAUUUGAAUACCGUGUUCGGUGCAAGUGUGAACAAGCGUGAGCGUGGCUUUGACAACGCUUUCCGGGUAAAGUGUAAAUAGCUUCAUCGAAAGGCAUACGUACCAAGAUGGGUGGCCUGGAUCACACUCCGAAGAGAUCCCAGGAUGAAGCUACCGACGCUAAGGUGCUGAUUCACCAGCGUGGCCAAAUCAAGCGCAGAGUCACUCUCAUCAACAACAUGCUAGAGGAAGCCAAAGAAGACCCGACGAAGGUGACUCAAACGCAGCUAAAGGUGUUUGCAAAAAAGCUCGAUAUUCAUUAUCGAUGUUCUACACACCGAAGCUAUGAACAGAAUCGAGCAGCUAUCUGAAGCGCGGUCGCAGCCUGUGGCCCCAGCAGAUAGCACUGUUACGCAGCAAUUCAUCGUGCAACAACAACCAUUGCGAGCGCCUAUUCCCAGUUUCGACGGAAGGGUGGAGAACUGGCCAAAGUUCCAGACGAUGUUUGAGGACAUUGUUGCUAAGGGCAAUGACUCCGAUGCCAUGAAGCUGCAUCAUCUCGAUAAGGCUUUGGUUGGAGAUGCUUCUGGUUGGAUCACAGUGAAGAUGAUCCAGGACAACAACUUCGAGCAAACGUGGAAACAGCUGAAGUCCCAGUUCGAGAAUCCCCGAGUCAUUGUUGACACACAUCUGGCUGGUCUCCUGGAUUUGAAACCUGUCCUGAAAGGAAACCACAAGGAGCUGUUGGAGCUCGUAAAGACAGUUCAACGGCACGUUGGAGGUUUGGAGUAUCAGGACAUCAAGGUCGACAAAUUGUCUGGUUUGUUGUUAACAAAGAUCAUCACUUCACGGCUGGACGAACAAACUGUUCGGCUGUGGGAACGAACCCAGGAACACGGAAGGUUGCCCGACUUUAGCCAAACGCUUAAGUUCCUGCAAGGCGAAUGUCAGGUUUUAGAACGGUUCCAGAGUCGGCCCCAAGCAACUUCCGUGAACCAAGGAAGCUCUAAACCAUCAUGUUCGAAAUCCACAAGCCAGAGAGUACAUGCUGCAGCACCUACCACAACUAGCCAGCUCUGCCUCUUUUGCAACAGGGCACAUCGUCAUCACGAGUGUCCCACAUUUAAACAGUUCACACUAGCACUACGCAACGCCAAGGUGAAGGAGUUGAAACUGUGUUACAACUGCCUUCGACCCGGUCACCGUUCCAACAACUGUUCAUCCAACAGAACGUGCAUUAAAUGUCAGCGGAAACACCACACAUUACUACAUGAGGAACCACCAGAACUGCCGGAUACCCAAACACAGAUGGCAAGCCCCAUCCAAUCCAUGCAGUUUGAGCAGCAGGCUCAAGCAUCGAAUCAUCCAACGUCUAACGCCGCCGUUCCAUACAGCCGACCGUUGGAACAAAGGACGGCCAUGCUUAUGACAGCUCUCGUGAACCUGAGAGACGAAUCCAACAGGACGAUCCCCUGUCGUGCGCUGUUGGAUUGCGGCUCACAGGUGAGCUUCAUCUCGAAGGCGAUGGCCGAUCGCCUCCUCACCCCGCGUAUCCCCACACUUGUGCCGAUUACUGGAGUCGGUACAGUUAAGACGUGUGCCCGGGAAAAAGUCGUCGUGAACAUCGAAUCUCGAUAUUCAACCUUCUCAACAACCGCCGAGUGCCUCGUGAUUCCUAAGGUCACAGGAAUCAUCCCCACAAGCCAGCUGAACGUGUCGAAAUGGCCACUACCGCCCGAUAUCUUUCUUGCCGAUCCUGAAUUUCAUACGCCUGGUCAAAUCGACAUGUUACUGGGUGUGUCCCAUUUCAUGCGUCUUCUCAAGUCAAACAGAAUGCAGCUACGAGAAGAUUUGCCUGACCUGCAAGAGACUCAUCUCGGAUGGGUCGUUGCUGGAGACGUCGAGGACGAGUCGACCAAUCAGCAGAGCUUCAUCGCUACCACCACUACGCUUUCCGAGACCAUGAAUAAAUUUUGGGAAGUUGAAGACAUCGGAGAUAUAGAUGAAACGACCGAGCAUGAAGAAUGCGAAAAGAUUUUUCUUGCUACCCACCGACGUGACAAUGAUGGAAGAUACAUUGUCGCCCUACCAUUUCGUGAGUAUCCACCUGUACUAACUAACAAUCGAGAGCUUGCUUUGCGUCGUUUCCUCUCUUUAGAACGGCGAAUGAAGAAAGAUCAUUCCCUGAAGCUCCAGUACUCCAAGUUCAUCGAUGACUACGAAGCUCUUGGUCAUUGCCAUGAAGUCAAGGAGGAAUCCGACGAACCGAACAAGGCUCGCUACUACCUACCUCACCAUGCUGUCCUACGUCCAUCGAGCUCCAGUACGAAGCUGCGAGUGGUCUUCGACGCAACCGCCAAGGCUACAACAUCCGAUGUAGCUCUCAACCAAGCCCUAAUGGUGGGUUCAACUGUGCAGAACGACAUCUUUGUCAUCCUCGUCCAUUUCCGGAAACACUUUGUUGUGUUCACAGCUGAUAUAUCGAAGAUGUAUCGGCAGAUCAAGGUCAUCUCCGACCACUCGUGCUUUCAACGCAUCUUCUGGCGUGCUGAUCCAGCACUUCCUCUUCGCGUCUUAGAGUUGACAACCGUCACUUAUGGAACAUCGUGCGCUCCUUUCCUUGCGACUCGGUGCUUACUGCAGUUGAGCAUCGACGAAGCGUCAUCGUAUCCGAAGGCAGUCAACAUCAUCCGAGACGACUGUUACGUUGACGACAUCCUAUCCGGAGCCAGCACUGUGGCUGAAGCAAUUGAGUGUCAAACCCAGCUCCUAGGGUUGCUCAAUUCCGCUGGGUUCCCAGUUCACAAGUGGAGUUCGAACUCUCCAGAGCUCCUGAAACACGUCCCCGAAGCUGACCGUGAGGAACUGGUAACUCUCGGCGACGAAACUGAAGGUGUCUUGAAGACACUCGGAUUGACAUGGAAUCCACAUCGAGACGAAUUUGCAUUCGUCGUUGACCAGUUCAUGCAACAUUCCAAUCCACCAACCAAGCGAUCCGUUCUUUCCGAGAUAAGCAAACUAUUUGACCCGAUUGGCUUGCUCUCGCCAGUCAUUAUCAUUGCGAAGCUUAUUUUGCAGAAGAUUUGGUUGGCUGGACUUCCAUGGGACACCAGCCUAGAAGGAGAACUGCUGCAAGAGUGGCUGCAGUUUCGUACAUCCCUGAAAAACGUGAAUGGCAUCAGAAUACCUAGGUGUGUGGUGCUUCCUAACCACAGUGCUGUUGAAGUGCACGGUUUUUCUGAUGCAUCCAAAAGAGCCUACGGAGCAGCGUUGUAUCUUCGCUGCAUCUUUCCUGAUGGAACUGCAAGUCUUCGUUUGCUUUGCAGCAAAUCGAAGGUUGCACCAGUGAAACCAGUAACCAUUCCGCGCAUGGAAUUGCUAGGAGCCUAUCUUCUCGCAAGGUUGAUCUCCAAGGUUACUGGGUCCAUCGAUCUUCACCUCCGCAACAUCAUACUCUGGACUGACAGCCAGAUUGUCCUUGCUUGGCUGAAGAAACCACUUGCAACCCUGCAAGUGUUUGUGCGAAAUCGAAGUGAAAAAAUUCGCAACCUUACCGAAUCGCUGGACGUACAAUGGAAGUACAUUUCAACGAAGGAAAAUCCAGCUGACAUCGUGUCUCGAGGUCUUCUGCCAGAAACCUUGAAGACAACCACUCUCUGGUGGAUGGGUCCGACGUUCCUCCAGAGAGCCGAUUACGACGUAGAGAUUCCGGAAGAUCUUCCUGACGAAAUCGUUCCAGAAUUGAGAGCGUCACCCGUCGUUGCAGCGCUGGUUGUCAAUCAAGACAAACUACCCGUGUUCUUGAAGUUUAGCUCUUUUCGAAAACUGCAACGAGUGAUUGCUCUAGUUCAACGCUUCAUCCUGAAUUGUCGACAAAGAGACGUUUCAAAGCGUGUAACCUGCCAACAUUGUACCAUCACCGAACUUCGAAGCGCUUUAAACGUCAUUGUAAAGGUCAUUCAACAUGAGGCUCUUUCUGACGAAAUCCACCGAGUGAAGGCUAAUGAGCCGUGUAAGCGGAUUCAAGCUCUGCAUCCGUUCAUCAUCGACGAGAUUCUGCGAGUCGGAGGAAGACUCCAGAAUUCCAAUCUACCACUGUCCAGUAAACAUCAAAUCUUGCUACCAAAGCAUCCCAUCACCGAUCUCAUCAUCUUGACGUUUCACCAAGAGCUCAUGCAUGCGGGUCCCUCCGGUCUCCUAGCGGCGCUUCGAUUGAAGUUUUGGCUGCUAGAUGGACGAUCAUCAGUCCGUAAAAUCACCCGAUCCUGUGUCCGUUGUUUCCGAUCGAAGCCUCGAAGUUCCAGCCAGUUGAUGGGCAUCCUGCCGUCAUGUCGAGUGACUCAAGCCCAUCCGUUCGAGAAAACAGGAAUAGACUACGCUGGUCCGGUAUGGGUCAAGGAGGGCCGAUACAAACCUCGCCUUGUGAAGGCUUACAUUGCUGUCUUUGUCUGCAUGGCAACGAAGGCGGUACUCUUGGAGUUAGUCUCGGACAUGUCGAGCGAGACUUUCCUUGCUGCAUUUCAUCGAUUUACUAGUCGACGCGGCUUGAGCAAGGAAAUCUUUUCGGACAAUGGAUGUAAUUUCAAGGGGGCUAGUUCGGAACUACAUGAGCUGUACCAACUAUUUCAAACCCGAAAGACCGUCGACGAGAUCGAGAAAUAUUGUCAGCCAAAGGAGAUCGUGUGGCAUUUCAUCCCACCCGAAGCGCCAAAUUUUGGAGGUCUUUGGGAGGCAGCCGUCAAGAGCACUAAGUACCAUCUCAAACGAACGCUCAAGGACGCUAAACUGACAUUCGAGGAGUUUGCAACGGUCCUGACUCAAGUGGAAGCUAUCCUAAAUUCGCGACCGCUGUUUGCGAUCUCCGCUGAUCCCUCAGAUCCAGAAGUCAUCACGCCCGGCCAUUUUCUUGUUGGUCGUCCUCUGAUUUCUACCCCCGAGCCAAGCUACGACAGUACUCCGAUGAAUCGACUGUCUCGGUGGCAAUACUUGCAACAACUGAGGGAGCAGUUUUGGAAGCAGUGGAGAAAGGACUAUCUUCAGAGCCUGCAACUACGCAGCAAGAAUCAACAGACACUUCCAAACAUUCGCCCUGGAAUGAUCGUGUUAGUUGAGGAAAGAGAUUUGCCUUCGCAGACCUGGAAGCUGGGCAAAAUCGUGAACAUCUACCCGGGACCAGAUAACCUCGUACGAGCUGUGGACGUUAAAAUCGCCGGAGCGAUUUAUCGACGAGCCGUAUCCCGAAUUUCCAUCUUGCCAAUCGAAGACAACUGCAAACCUGAUUGCAGUGCUUCAGAGGAUUCUUCUCAGCCCGGGGGUGCAUGUUCGCGCCCAAACGGUUCGCUCCGAUAGUGAACCAGUUGCAGCGCAUGUGAAACACGCAACAGAAGAAAGAGAGAGAAGUUUUAGAACUCUUCACGUUAACGGUUUUUUCAUUAUUCUCGUGCGCGAUCGAAUUUAUUCCCUCACACCCACACAUAUGAAUUCUUGCGAUUCUCUCCCAUACGCGAACGGUUAAAAGCGCGAGCCAGCGCUGAGAGAGUUGUUGUUGGUUUAGAACUUUCGAAGCAGACAGACGUGCAAACGGAAAAUAAACACAACCAGUCCUGUUUUGGUA